AUGAAGCGACCACAGCUGGUUCUGUUCGGCCUUCUCUUCUGCCUGCUGGCCCCGUCCAGCAGCUCCGAGUCGAGCACAUCGGACAACAGCGCGGUCGAAGGAUCCCUGCACCGGGUCCCGCUCUCGGCGCUGCAGACCUCCGAGUCCGUCGCGUACCACGUGCCGGCCAACCCACCUAGCAUCACCAACGGCGGAGGCGGCUCCGGGGGCGGCGGCGGCGGCGGCGGCUCGCACCACUCCAUCUACCAGCCCCAGACGACCGUGUCGCCGAACCGGAGGUUCCCGGCCAUCGCCAUGCUGUUCCCGACGACGCUCACCCCGUUUUCGUCGCACAACUCGUCGCCUUCGUACGUCCACCACCAUCUCCGAGGCGAGUCCUCGUCGGUGGGCGCUUCCAAGUACCACAGCGCGGAGCAAUACGAGCCAGUGCCUCCGCCGCGGCGACCCCAGGUCGUGACCCAGUACGGCGGCAGCGAGCUGUCGCGACCGCUGCGCCGCGAGCCGCAGCACAUCUACGGCUCGCUGUCCAAGGCCCAGUCUCCGUACAGCUACGCUCAAGGAAGCCCGCUCGACAUUGUCGAAAAGAGGCCGCAGGAAGUCAGCUACGAAGUGCCUCCGCCGGUCGUGCCGGACACGCCCCCGCGCUACCUGUACGAGCGCCCGCUCAUCGACCACGAACGCCCGACGCACGCGCGCCCGCUCACCUCCAUGGUGGACGGACCCCAGUACUCGGACCACGGUAGGCCGGAACGGCCCCCGCAGAUGCAGCAGCAGCAGCAACAGCAGCAGUCGGCGCCGCAAUCCCUCCCGCAGCAGCAGACCACCCUGUACGGCUCGCCCAAGUUCACCAGCUCUUCGCAGCUCCGGUCCGGCGGUCAGUACCCGCAGCUGGUCACCGAGAAACCGGCGCCCUCGGCCCCGCAGCCGCCGCCGAGCUACGUCAGGCCCAUCAAGUACGCCAGCAGCGGGUCGCCGUCCCAGUCGCCGUCUUCGUCGAGUGGUGGUUCGAGCAGCGUCAACGGCGGCAACGGCGGAUCGAGCGGCGUAGCAGCGGACGAGGUCUACGGAGUGCAGCCGUCGGCGUACCACCACAGGGGCGGCGGGGGUUCCAGGCAGGAGAUGUCGCAGCACCAGCAGCCCGAGUCCCGCGUUCCGGACCAGGAGGAACCGCCGCAACCGCAGCCGUCCCGCAAGUUGCAUCCGCAGGCGGAAGCUAGUCCCAUGUACGCCCGCUACCCCAAGAACUCUCAGGAGAACACCCGGCUGGAGGACUCUCCGUCGGCCGAGAAGCAGACCCCGUCGUACCAGAACUACCCGGUGGGCCUGUACGGCUCCGGAGGAUCGGACGGAGGCCGAAACACGAGGCGGCGGUACAACCUGGUCUACAUCCCCGUCGACGUCCUCAAGAAGCUCCUCACUGAGGCGGGCUACAGGAGGAAGAAGUAG